CUCAGCGGUUGCCGUGGCAACGCGAAGGGCCUGCAGGAAGAAACCAGGCCUGGAAGGCAAGCCUCGCUUUACAAGGAUUUCAGUGAGGCCUGUUGUGAAGAUGAACCGAUGGAGCUGAGCUGGAACCAAAGCAGCUCCUUUCCGGAUUAUUCUGGGGAUACAUUUACAUCCUUCAGUGAAGAUGAAGAAGAAGAAACCUGCAGAGAAUAUGACAGUGAACCAUUCCCUUCCUAUUCCUCUGGAGAGGACACCGAAUGGCCUGCUUCCUGGGAUCAGUCUGAAAAUACUAACCAGUCUUCAAGUCACAAUAGUGAAGUAAUAAAGAACAGAGACUUUUUGGACCCAGCAGCAUCCAGGGAGUAUUUAACUAGAAAAUGGAUCAAUCGUCUGAACGUCAAGAAAGCUACUACUACUGCAGUUGCCAGAUCUACUGUGAAACCAGCUAAUGCACUGACGCGGAUUCCUGAGGCUUCGGAGGAAGAACUGGGAGCGCUCCAAUCUUUCUGUGCUGUCAAGAUUAACUGGCUUCAUCAUCCGCCAAGUUUAGCACCACCAAAGAGGAGAAAGUAUAAGGAUCAGAGCCACAGACGCACUUCUGAGAAGCUGGCGAUGGGUGAUAUCAACUGCAUUGUCCCUGAUCAGUUAGUGAACAGACUCCGUCUGAAAAAUAUCAAGGAGACCCUGAAGCAGUUAGCAGAAAUCGAAAUACACCAACCCUCGCAGUGUCCACACUGCGUGGAGAAAAGAGCAGAGCUGGCAGAAUCUGAUUUCCUCAGACGCAGGAAGGUUUUGAUGGAAAAGGUCUUGCUCCAAGAGAAACUGGAAGACUACAUGUACAACAAGGAUUCUCUCACCCUCAUUGGAGAAAUCCACCAGACCCUUCCUAAGCUUUCAGAUGAUCCAAGGCACAUAUGGCAGAGAUUGAAGGAGAGAGCUCUGAAAUCCUUGUGUGAGGCCUCCUAGCCCUGUGUGGGUCCAUCGAGGCAGAACACAGAUUCUGAAUCCACGUAAGUUGCUCCCUGGAGAGGAGUGGAGCCUUUGCAAUAUCAACAAUCAAUUCUCUGGGCAAACGUGUGUCAUCUUUUGGGUCAGAUACUGUGAUCUCAUUCUUCAUCCCAUCCUGAAGCAGAA